GCAUAUAAAGAAUGUCCGAAAUUAAAUUAUAAAUUUUUUGGACCAAAGUGUUUUGAUACGAACGUUCUGGAAAACAUUGAAUUGUUUGGUACCGACAUAAAUGGCCAAUUUGAAAGUAUCAUUUGUCUGGAUCAAUGGAAGUGUGCAAAAGUGUUUGGUCUUUUAUAUUCUAUCUUUGAAAGUAGACGAAUCGAACAUCUGUUUCAUUUUCAAUGGAUCUGUAUUAAUCUCGACAGCUUUCCAACACAUAUUGCGAUUAAAAUUAGAGAUGAUCUCAUAAGAAAAAGCACAUUUCAAGGUUGCCGUAUACAAUGUGACAAAUCAAAGUUAAUCCAAUUAAAAUUGCAAAAAUGAGUUUUCAAUUGAAUAUUCAAUCGAUGAUGUUAAUUUUGGAAUUCAAUGCAACUUUUUAAAUGGUUCUAUUUUUUGGUUUUUUGUGCAAAAGUUAUGA